GCAACUGUAUUCAGACAGCGACAGCAGUGCAAAAGCAAAAUCAACGCGCUAAAUAAAAAAUUAUUGUCCGGUUUUUGAGUAAUUUACUGUAUAUUUUGACGCGAAAUCAUUAUUUUGAUCACAAAAUGAGCUACGCUGCGGACGUUCUAAAUGCUGCUCAUCUCGAGCUACACGGCGGUGGCGACGCUGAGUUGCGCCGGCCUUUCGACCCAACUGCUCACGACUUGGAUGCAUCUUUCCGUCUGACACGUUUCGCGGACCUGAAAGGUCGUGGUUGCAAGGUGCCACAAGAGGUCCUCUCAAAGCUCGUCUCAGCACUGCAGCAAGACUACUCCGCUCAGGAUCAGGAACCGCAAUUCCUCAACGUGGCCAUACCCCGUAUUGGCAUUGGUCUUGAUUGUGCCGUCAUACCACUGCGCCACGGAGGUCUUUGCCUGGUGCAGACCACGGAUUUCUUCUAUCCGAUUGUGGACGAUCCCUACAUGAUGGGGAAGAUAGCUUGCGCGAACGUACUCAGCGACUUGUAUGCCAUGGGCGUAACUGAUUGUGACAAUAUGCUUAUGCUGUUGGCCGUAAGCACCAAGAUGACGGAGAAGGAACGCGAUGUGGUCAUCCCACUAAUUAUGCGGGGCUUCAAGGACUCAGCCCUGGAGGCGGGCACCACCGUGACCGGCGGCCAGAGCGUUGUGAAUCCAUGGUGCACCAUUGGUGGCGUCGCUUCAACCAUAUGCCAGCCAAACGAGUACAUUGUGCCGGACAAUGCUGUUGUGGGAGAUGUUUUGGUGCUAACGAAACCAUUGGGCACUCAAGUGGCUGUGAAUGCGCAUCAGUGGAUCGAUCAGCCCGAACGCUGGAACCGCAUCAAGUUGGUUGUGUCUGAGGAGGAUGUGCGCAAGGCUUAUCAUCGUGCCAUGAACUCUAUGUCGCGCCUGAACCGAGUCGCUGCUCGUCUCAUGCACAAGUACAACGCCCAUGGAGCCACCGAUAUAACCGGUUUUGGUCUGCUGGGCCAUGCACAAACUCUGGCCGCUCACCAGAAGAAGGAUGUUUCCUUUGUUAUCCAUAAUCUUCCAGUGAUUGCGAAAAUGGCAGCUGUGGCCAAGGCCUGUGGCAAUAUGUUCCAGCUACUGCAGGGACACUCGGCGGAAACUUCGGGCGGCUUGCUCAUAUGCUUGCCCAGGGAACAGGCGGCUGCCUAUUGCAAAGAUAUUGAGAAACAGGAGGGCUACCAGGCCUGGAUCAUUGGCAUCGUGGAGAAGGGCAACAAGACCGCACGCAUCAUUGACAAGCCGCGCGUCAUCGAGGUGCCCGCCAAGGACUAAAUGUUUUCCUUUAUCCUAAUUACAGUAAUUUUUUAAAUGCAAACACAUGAUGAGUUGUAACGCUAAUAUGAGUGAACUAAGUUACCGUUUUUGUAAAUGAUAAUGAAGAAGGAGAAGCUUGACUAAUUACAUUAACUAUAAUUU